AUGGCCCUUGAUGCUUUAGCAGGAACCCUAUUUACAGUACAAACUGUAGCUGGAAUUUUAGCCAAUUUUUCUCUUCUUUAUCAUUAUGUUUCCCUGUGUGUUACUGGAUUUCAGUUCAAGACUACAGAUGUUAUAGUUCAGCACCUAACUGUAGCCAAUUCCCUUAUCAUGCUUUCCAAAGGAAUCCCACAGACCAUAACAGCAUUUGGAGUAAAGCAUUUCCUUCAUGAGUUUGGAUGUAUAUCCAUCCUGUAUAUUUACAGAGUGGCCAGGGGAGUGUCCAUUGCAGCAACCUGCAUACUCAGUGUCUUUCAGGCUAUUAAGAUGAGCUCUAUGAACUCCAGCUGCAAGAAGCUUAAAACAAAAGCCACCCGCUACAUUGGUAUCUCUAUUUUCCUUUGUUGGAUCCUAUACAUGUGUGUAAACUUAAUUUUCCCUCUGUACAACCACAGAAAAUGGAAUUCCAAAAACCUCACAUGGAUAAAAGAUUCUGGGUACUGUUCUGCAGGGAUUCAGGAUGGAAUUACAAAUUCAUUGUAUAUAGCGCUGGUAUUUUUACCUGAAAUUUUAUUCUCAGGGCUCAUGCUCUGGUCUAGUAGCACCAUGAUUUGCAUCCUACACAGGCACAGGACACAGAUGCAACACAUCCACAAGGCAAGGCUCUCCUCCAGACCCUCCCCUGAGACCAGAGCUACUCAGAACAUCCUGGUCCUGGUGUGCACCUUUGUAUCUUUCUAUACUCUCUCCUCCAUCAUUUAUGCUUAUAUCUCUGCCUUUACUAUUUCAAUUCACCAUCUUGCAACAGUCCACCAGGAUAGUCUCAAAGCAAUGGGGAUCAACCUCUUUCAGAGCAAAGAUAAAAUUCUCUGCUCUGAUAUUUGCAUUAUGCCGUUUGGGGCCAACACCACCAUGGCCCUGGUGACAGCACAGUACAUCAAGAUCAGCACUGCCCUAGUGACAGCAUGGACCCAGGUGGCUAACCAGACCUCAGGCAACUGUGUAGCCCUCAGUGACAAUCGGAGCCAUAGACACCAUCCAAUAUCCCAGCCUUCACUGGGUCAUGAGGUAGACAUUGCCUAG